UGGCAUCCCGAUGCGCGCCUCCUCCCAGCAGCUCCCUUCUCCAGCCCAGACCUAGAAAGAGACACAGGCCGGUGGCCUCUCGCCAAGUCCCGGCUUGGGCGGCGAGGGAGGAGGGGCAGGGGCCCCGGGAGCCGUCCUUUGCAAUCCUGGGGCCACUCCCGCAGACUCUGGCCGUGCGGGCGCGAGCUGGCGGCACGAGAGGCUCCGGCGGGUGAGGGCCGGCCCGCGGCGGGAGGUAGCCUCCAGACCCCCCACCUGUUGCGGGGCGCAGCUGGCUGCGGAGAUGGGCCGCUACUCCGGGAAGACGUGCCGGCUGCUGUUCAUGCUGGUGCUCACGGCGGCCUUCUUCGUGGCCGAGCUGGUGUCCGGUUACCUGGGCAACUCCAUCGCGCUGCUCUCGGACUCGUUCAACAUGCUGUCUGACCUGAUCUCGCUGUGCGUGGGCCUGGGCUCCGGCUACAUCGCGCGGCGCGGCGCCCGCGGCUCGCGCGCCACCUACGGCUACGCGCGGGCCGAGGUGGUGGGCGCGCUCAGCAACGCCGUCUUCCUCACCGCGCUCUGCUUCACCAUCUUCGUGGAGGCCGUGCUGCGCCUCGCGCGGCCCGAGCGCAUCGACGACCCCGAGCUGGUGCUCAUCGUGGGCGCCCUGGGGCUGGCCGUCAACGUGGUGGGGCUGCUCGUCUUCCAGGACUUCGGCGCCUGCUUCUCCCGCUGCGCGCGGGGCCGCCGGGCCCGCCCUCAGCACCAGGGGGACCCCUGUGGCGCUCUGGGGAGUCCCCAAGGGGCUGCGGCAGCCACGGCCCCCGGCUCGGACACAGCAGUGACUCACCGGGUGGCCUCGGCCGGAAGAAAGCAGCAGGAGGGCGCGACCGUGUUCUCGAACGUAGCAGGUGCCUUUCGGUUGCAUCCUUCCGACAGGGGCCGCUUUGUCCUUCCCGCAGUCCUCCUCCUCCUCCAGGCAUCUGGUCCCUUUUACCCACCCAUUCCCUUUCUUUCGUUUUGUUUCCUGACUGGCUUUUUAAAAAUCCCCUUCGCAGUCUCUUCUGCCCCUCUUCUAAUUUCACUCCCCCUCCGCUUUCUCCUUCCUUCCUUGCCUUCUUUCUUUUCCCUAUCCCCAUUCUCCCUCCCUUCUUUCCUCCUUGACCCCCCGCAGUCCUCAUCCUCUGCGCUCCGUGUAGCAGUAUUGAUCUUGGAAAGCAAUUCUUACUAUUGGGCAACAGAGAGCAUUGUCUAUCCCUCCCCUUGCCUGGGGCUACCUGGGCUUGUAUCCAUCCCUGACAGAUACAUCGUGGCAGGGCUUGGGGUGGGUGUAGGCUUGUACUUGUCCCGCUUAUUUUUAUUUAUCUUUACUUGUCCCGUUUUAAAUUUGAAAGGUGUGUAUGUGUGUGAAGUCCAAGGGUUAACCGCUUCCUCUGGGUUCAUCUGGGCCGAGCGCGGGAGAGGUGAUUCCCUGAACACCGAGAAUGAACCGGAAGAGACGGUGAAAAAAGAGAAGAAGUCCGAAGCGCUGAAUAUCAGAGGUGUUCUCUUGCACGUUAUGGGAGAUGCCUUGGGGUCCGUGAUUGUGGUCGUCACGGCCAUCAUCUUCUACAUACAUCCCCUGAGACCUGCAGACCCAUGUAACUGGCAGUGCUACAUUGACCCCAGCUUGACUGUUGUCAUGGUCAUCAUUAUUUUGUCAUCUGCCUUUCCGCUGAUCAAGGAGACUGCUGUCAUCCUGCUGCAGAUGGUCCCAAAGGGAGUCAACAUGGAAGAGCUGAUGAGCAAGCUCUCUACUGUGCCCGGAAUCAGCAGUGUGCACGAAGUACACAUCUGGGAACUAAUAAGCGGGAAGGUCAUCGCCACUCUGCACAUCAAGUACCAGAAGGGCACAGAGUACCAGGAUGCCAGCAGAAAGAUCCGGGAGAUCUUCCACCAUGCUGGAAUCCACAGUGUGACCAUCCAGUUCGAAACAGUGGACUUGAAGGAAACCCUGGAGCAGAAGGACUUCUUGCUGACCUGCAGUGCCCCCUGUAUCUCCCAGAGCUGUGCUAAGAAGCUGUGCUGUCCCCCGGGGACACUGCCGCUGGCUCUAGUCAACGGUUGUGCAGAGCACAAUGGUGGGCCUCUAGAGACUUACCGAAGCACUAGGGCUACUCCGGAAGUAGCCGUUGAUAUGGCUUUGGAUGGAUGUCCAAGGGAGCAGGGACAGACUCUUAGCAAGAUUCAAGAGAGACAACAUUCUGAAAACAGUACUCAUUUUUAGUGGGUUCCCAAGCACAAUCAGACUAUCUGGACAGGUGCUCUGGCGUCACCGGCUCUGCCUGUGGGAAGAGCUUUAUGAGUGUGCGCCUUGCCAGUAGGGGUCAGCUGUGGGGGAUGUUAGUGGAUCAAGCCUGCUGAUUUUCAGGUGGAGGAUAACCCUUCUCCAUUACCCUGGGCAUCUCAUGCUUCUCUGCAACAGUCUUAGUAUGACCUUGAAUUUCCUAGAGCAGACUGCCCUAGUCUUUAUAUCAGGAGUGUUGAAGGCUGGGACUCAGUGACCAUGACACAGGAAUGGGAGUCAGUCUGGUCUGUCUCGCGGUGCUGGGGAGCUGAACACAGGGCCUGUGCGUGCUGAGGAACAGCUCUGUUACUGAGAUGAACCCUGGAGCCCUUGUUUUUAAGCCCAUCGGAACUUGUAGCCGACUCUCAAGAGAGCUCAGAGCUUAAGUGGGCAGAAGAAGAAGAAAGAUGUUUUCCUCUCUUCCCCUCAAAGAUCUUAAAAGAUGAACGCCAGCUAUUUGUGGCGAUGCAGAAUUAUAUAAUCUCAAGUCCAUUCUUGGAUCACGAGAAAAUGGAUGCCUAAUAAAUAAAUGCAAAAUGCAUAGCUAUUAAGGUGGAAAAAAAUGUUAGACGGGGUAGACUUUGCGAGGGUGGUGGGAAUGACGGAGUUUGGACCGUCUCUGUUUUGUGAAGGGUGAGAUGGCUGACAUCACUUCCUGCUGGAAACUUAACUGUGGCUGUGGUGUAUCUCUUCUCCCUUUGUAGUGCUUAUUUACUGUCUCUGAGAGUCUCCAGGUAGGAUAGUUGCUGCAUAUAAUUCUGAUAAUGAUUUUCUUAUCCAGAUUUCCUCAAAGUCUUCUCUUGAUGAUCACAUUGAUCCAUGUACCGUUGAUGAGGGGGGAGAUGAAUUUUCUGGGGACAGGAGAAUACUCAUUCCUGCCAGAUAAAUAAGCUAGCCUGCCUUUGCUUUAACUAGGCAUAUUUUAAAGUAUUUAUUGUAGUUGCCAAGUGGUAACUUAAUGGAAGAGUUGAUACCCAAGUGAGAAGUGAAAAGUAAUUUAAUUGCUGAUUUUAAUGUAUUUGGAGGCUUUUAGUGUUUCAUGUUGCUGACUUAUGUUACCAAGUUCAAAUAAAUUAUAAUAUGAUUCAGACAUAUAACUGAACUGGUAGGAGAAAAGUGCAGAAAGGUCUGUCACGUGUUUUACUCCUUGUUUGGGCAAAGCCUCAUAGGUGUGAUAUGGAGGUACCUGACUGAUAGAGCCAGCAUCUUAUUUAACAAGUUUCAAGGCUGACUGAAAGCGAUUUUGUCCAGGCUAUCGACUUUGAUCCUAUUGAGAAACUACCCAGGAUUCACCAGAAGUCGUGCGUGGUCGCAGGAAAGGCACCCACAUUUGUCAGUGCAAGCAUCAUUUUAAAGGAAAUGCCUCUGUUGGGCAUGCUGCCAAAUGCCUGGGGGCCCAGCUGCUCAGGGCACUGAGUCUAGGAGUUCAACACUAGCCCAGGCAAAAUAGUGAGACUCAGGAUUGUUUGCUUGCUUCGUUUGUUUGUUUGUUUUAAUAUUAGUCUUAAAUUUGGAGGCUAAUGGGCAGGUGUGAUUGGAAGUAUCUGAAAUUUUGUGUUCCUUAGAGUUGAUUAGAUCCAAAUCAACCAUUCAUAAGUAAAUAUCUAUUUAAAUCCCAGAAGUUUACUGUGUUAGAUUGUACGCACCUUACAAGCUAGGGGAGGAGCAAAGACAAAAAGGUUCUACUCACAGAACUCACAAAGGCCAGAGGAUUCCCCAGGAGACCCAGCAGACUCUUCCACAUCAACAGCUUCACGCCUUAGCUGAAGCCAAAGAAGAAAUUUGUCUCUGACUUCCGAAUCUCAGUUCUUAUCACUCUGCCUUAUUCUUAAAGGAAAUUAUGAUUGCACAGCUUCCCUGCUCCUAGCUAAAGGAAUGGUUUAGUUUGUAUGCAAAUAACAUUCUUUAAUCUCUGAAGGGUUUUUUGUUCUGAAAAGAAAAUACACUUAGUUCCAAAAAAAAAAAAAAAAUUAAAUUGAACCUCAGAAAACUAUCUUGAUUGACACUUGCAAAGCAAAGUGUAAACAGGAGCCAGUAUAAAAUACAGCUUUUUGAAGACAGCCAAAGUGCAUUUACUAAUGUGCAAGCAAGUUGAGAGGGUGCAGGGCUUUUGCUACGUGGUUGUUUUCAAUGCCUCUAGCCUUGGCCGUGUGAUGUUUUGCUUGGGGUUUCCUGGGCCAUUGAUUGUCUUGUUUUGAAUUCUCUGAAGGAAGUGCCUGCUUUCCCUCCCUGAAUCAGCUGUGCACAUGGUGGACAAGACCGAAUAGUUUCUUUGAGCUUGGUUAGUCACUGACCCUCACUCAGUUGGUGUCCUACAUUCUUCUAUUCGUUCUAGCAGCCAGCCCCAGCCCUCCCUCCUGCCUUUCCUUCCAUCCUGCUUGCCCUGUUUCCCCCCUGAAGUAGUGGUGACCAACCCGGGGCCUUCAAGGUUGUAAGGUGUAUGUUCUACUCUUGAGCUAUAUCUCUAACCCCGAGACUAGUUUUCAGAACAUGUAUUACACUCUCUAUGGGACAGGUCAGGAUUAAGUGUCCUGCAAGCUGACUUGUUCUCUGUCAUUCUAGUAUUUUCCAUGUCCUCCUGUCACUGUUGCUCUAUGGAACACAUUGCUUCCUUUUAGCACUUAGCACCAUUUAUAGGAAAUGAUGGCUUUGUUUCAUUUCCAAUCUUCUAAUCUUCAUUUUGAAACUAAGAUUUCUUGACAUUUGGUUAUUAUGAACACACACACACACACACACACACACACACACACACACUCACACCCCGUAAAUUAAAGUUAAAAUUAAAAUUAAAAUCCAAGAUUCAGUGGCAUGGGUGUUUGUGAGGAUGUCUCCAUUUUGGCAGGUUGGCAUUCUGAGUUGGGUGUGUCCAGGCCCUGUUACAUACUACAGCUUAUUUAGUAGCAUUCUUGGCUUCUAGUCACAAAUCCCAAAUCGUCUCCUCAACCCGUGUCAACCAAAAGUUCCUCUAGACAUUGCCAUGUGUCCCCUGGAGAGAAGUGUUGGGCCCCUCUCUUCUUCUGAACCACUAGCUGUAACCACAUUUACACCUUAUUCAUGGACCCCCUCUCCCGCCCCCCAUGUUUUAAGUAUCAUCCAUUCAGCAGGAUCCAUAUCCUCCCUCUCCCAGGCUGGCCUGGAACUCUGCAUCCUGCAGCCCCGGCCUCCAAAGUCCAGGGCACUCACCACCAUACAUGGAUCAGGACUCACUGCUUCCAAGCACUCUCUUAAAAAGUCAUUCUUUGCUGUGCCGAGGCUCUAAGCCAAACCCUUGUUACAUGGCAUCCACUUGAGCCCUGGGCUGGCCCUGCAGCCUAGCAGUUAGUAAUACAAGGCAGCAGGUCACUUCACCCUGGACCACAUGGUGGGCGUGAGGCUAGCCUUGCUACAUGAGAUCUGAGUUUGGCUCUGUCCUGGCCUCAUAUCCUGUCACCUCUUUGUGCUUAUGAGUUUAUAGCCAGUCAAGUGACCACGAGUGGGAACAAGGUUAUCAAACCAGGAAAAUGGUUUCUUAAAAAGAACCUGUAUCAGACCCAAAUCUGAAAUGGAUAAAAUCUUCUUAGAAUCUGGAAAAUAUAUGUUAUGUUCUGACAUUUCCUCUCUUCCUACCCACCCCUGCCCCAGGCUUUUCUUAGCUAAGUGGGGCCUUCGCCUUCUGGUGGGGCCGGCAUCCUUAGGCUGGAGAUGCUGAACCUUCUCUGAAUUGUAGUGAGCGCUGUGAUUGUCAGGGGAGAGCCAUCCUCUCCAGGAGGCUGGGGUUAUGUUACAGUAUUGUGGAGUUUUGUUGCUUAACAUCCUCCUUCUGUUCCCAAGGGAGAGAUCGCCAAACCGUAAUCAUCACAUUGGGGGGAGGGCGGGGGUUGUUAAAACUUUAAGGUACAGAGUUUCAAUAACUUCUUGCUAAUUGCAUGUGAAUCCCCCACAAUGGAUGUACAUAUACAUUCCUGUUGCAGGUAAAAAUGUUUAAUGGUGCUGUAAAUGGAACGUUUUGAAAACUCGAAAUGCCUGUGACAUGUUUGUGGAAAUUAAACAGAUAAGUCAAAGCAGAUGAAUUCAUAAA